GUUUCAGUCAACAUCCCAUCACUUGAUGCAAUAAACCGAUGAAGAUCAAAGAAGUGAGAAUCACCGGCUUUCGAAGCUACAAAGACAACACCAAUGUGUCGGGCUUCAGUCCACGCUCGAACGUCGUCGUCGGACGAAAUGGAUCGGGAAAAUCCAAUUUUUUCCAUGCGAUUCAAUUCGUUCUUUCCGAUGAAUAUGCUCAUUUGAAAGAAGAACAACGUCUUGGUCUGCUUCACGAGAGUACCGGACCGAAAGUCGCCCACGCUCGUGUCGAAAUCACCUUUGACAACUCGGAAAAGCGUCUAAUGGCGUUUGAAAAUUCAGAAGUGAAGAUUGUUCGUCAAGUUGGAAAGAAAAAGGAUCAAUAUUACAUUGAUAAUAAAAUGGUGCCACGUGCCGAGGUGGUAAAUCUCAUGGAAUCCGCCGGAUUUUCUCGCUCAAACCCGUAUUACAUCGUUAAACAGGGAAAAAUCAACGAGUUGGCCACUUCGCCGGACGCUUAUAAGCUAAAGCUACUGAGAGAAGUCGCCGGAACACGAGUUUACGAUGAAAGAAAGGAAGAAAGUCUGAAAAUCCUGAAGGAAACCAAGAUGAAAACGGAAAAAAUCCAAGGCCUUCUGAAAUACAUUGACGAACGACUCCAAACUCUUGAAAACGAGAAAGAAGAUUUGAAAGAAUAUCAGAAAUUGGAUAAAACGAAGCGAAGUGUUGAAUAUACAAUGUAUGAUAAUACAAAUAAAGAAGCGAUAAAAGAGAAAACAAAGCUUGAUGAACAGAAAGUUGAACUGAAUCAAAAGGAUAAUAAUGUGAAAAGUCAGUUGAAUGAUGUUAUUGCUGAAAUGGCAAAGCUUAAAACUGAUAAGAAGAAGCUGGAAUCACUUGGAAGAGGACUUCGUGAGGAUAAAGAGACACUUCAGGCUGAGGAAACUAAAAUGGUUGAGGAGAAAAUGACGUUGAAGCUUGAAAUUGACUCGUUGAAUGAGGAGAAUACAAGAGAACGCCAGGGACGUCAAAACGCGGAACACUCGCUUCAAGGUGUCGGUGAUGAGAUUUUCAAGAACGAGGAGGAGCUCGAUACGAUUAAGCCUGAAUAUGCUAAGCUUCUGGAAGAGGAAUCCCGUCUGAAAACCGACAUCAGAAUUGACGAAUCCCGUGCAAAAGAGAUUCUCGCAAAACAGGGCCAACGCAGUCAAUUCUCGUCGGUCGAUGAUCGUGAUAAGUUCCUUCGUAACGAGAUUCGUCGUAUUUCUGGAUUAAUUGCUGAUAAUAAGGAAAGAGAAGAGACGAUUCAAAAAGAAUUGGCAGAUGUUGAACGAGAAGACGAGAAGCUGAAUAAUGAGAUACAGAGUAUCAGCCGUACAAUCGACGAAAAUCGCUACGAAAUGGACACUUUUGCCGCUAAAUCGACAUCUCUGAAACAGGAAUACGAUGCGGCUUAUGUGGCUCAACAAACGGCCGCCCGUGAAGAAAAGGCGAUUCGAGACAAAAUUGGCAAUACCGAACAGGAUAUUUCAGCGGCAAAUGAUCAAUUGAGACGUAUUGUCGCACGGCCAGUAUACAAUGGAAUCACAGGAGUCCGUAAAGUAAUUGAAGAGUUUAAACACGAUAAUCGUAAUGGACAACACGAUGACGUCAUCAAUGGAUAUUAUGGUACUGUCAUUGAGUUGGCAGAAGUUCCGGAUAUGUUUAGGACAGCUGUCGAGGUUAUUGCACAGAAUCGACUUUUCUAUCAUGUCGUCGAGACUGAUCGAAUCGCCACGAAAAUCCUCCGAAAAUUCAACGAAAUGCAACUGCCCGGCGAGAUUAAUUUCUUCCCGAUGAACCGUGUGUCGGCGCCAAGACAACGCGAUUUGUCCAAUAAUUCGAACGCUCGCCCAAUGUCUGAUGUGAUCGAUUACGAGGUUCAAUACGAUAAAGUGUUCAAAUCAAUCACAGCGAACGUGAUAAUCGUCCGAACUCUUGAUCAAGCUGCUCGUGAUCUUCGUAACGAGGGAUUCGACGUCGUAUCAGUUGACGGAGAUCAAAUGUCGAAGAAAGGAGUAAUGACGGGAGGAUUUAUCGACAAAAAGCGUAGUAAACUCGAGCUUCACACUCAGAAAGAUCGAUUCACGAAAGAGCUCGCCGAGCUGCAGAAAAGUUUGGCAGAAGCCGAGAAAAUGGUUCGAGAGAGGACACAGGAAGCGGAAAAGAUCCGAAAUCGUAUGCAACAGCACGAGAAUCAGAUUGGAGACUUUCACCGGAAGCACCGAGAGCUCACGGAGGCUAAAAAUGCGAUUAGUCAGCAAUUCUAUAUGGUUACGAGCACAAAAGAGCCGAAAAAGGAUCAACUGCUCGGGAUUAAGAAUCAUCUACGAGAGCUUUUGGCUCAAAAGGAGAACUUUGAGCAGGAGAUUGGAUCGAAUAUGAGCUCACAGUUGACUUCUGAUGAAGAGCAGACUGUUAAGAAGCUAAGGAAAAAAGUGGACGAAAUGACAAAGCAACUGGCAACGGUGUCGCGUCGACGAAUGGAUCUUAUGCAUCGAAAAAAUGCGAUUGAGAAUCUUUUGACAAAGAAAUUGUACAAAACGAAGGAGAGCCUCACUGCGCGAGUCGACGACAUUUCCGACAACGAACGCCGGCACAAACUUGAAAAUGCGAAUGCUCAACUGACAUCACUGCUCACGAGAAUGGAAUCCACCCGAAAACAACUGGCGACUGCAAUUUCAGAACUUCAAGAUUAUGAGACAAAAGAGAAGGCUCUUCAGAUUAAUAUUGAUAAUGUUUUGGAGCAACAACGAGAUUUGGAGAAGCAGCAAGCGGAUUUCCAGCUGCAAUAUGAUAAAAUUACAGCAAAAGAGGAUGAAGUUAAGCAGAAGAGAGAGGAUAGCUUGAAAAAGAUGCGCCUUCUCGGUGCCCUUCCAACGGAUACAUUCUCGAAAUGGCAAAACGUGAAGCCUCGUGAGCUGGAGAAGAAGCUGCUCGAGUGUGUAAAUGAGUUGAAAAAGUAUGAGAAUGUGAACAAAAAGGCGUUGGAUCAAUAUAUGACUGCAUCGUCACAAAAGGAAGAGCUCACGAAACGAAUGGCCGAACAGAAGAAGAGUGAAGAUUCAAUCGAGGAGCUUCUCAAAGUGCUCGAAAAUCGCAAGUACGAGGCGAUUGAUUUGACGUUUAAGCAGGUCAAGAAGAACUUUGAACAAGUUUUCAAGCAACUUGUGCCGCAUGGCCGCGGAAAAAUGCAAAUGAGAGCCCGUGAGCAACGUGACGAUGAGGAAGGUAUCAAUUCAGUAGAGCUGUACGAAGGAAUCUCUGUACUUGUCUCCUUUGUAUCAGAUGAUGGAGAUUCAGAAACACGUGAAAUGACACAAUUGUCUGGUGGACAAAAGUCUCUUGUUGCGUUGGCUAUCAUUUUCUCGAUUCAGAAAUGCGACCCCGCUCCAUUCUACUUGUUUGACGAAAUCGACGCGGCUCUCGAUGCUCAACACAGAAAAUCUGUGGCUGACAUGAUUCAAUCUCUAUCGGAUCAGGCACAAUUCGUCACUACCACCUUCCGACCGGAGUUGCUCGCCACCGCCGAAAAAUUCUACGGAGUUCGUUUCCGUAACAAGGUCUCUCACAUUGAUUCGGUCACUCGUGAACAGGCUUACGAUUUUGUUGAGGAUGACACCACACAUGGAUAAAUAUAUGCAUAUUUUGAAUAUUUUUUUGUCUCUGAAAAUGUUUCAAAUUCCCGCCACCACCCACACUAUCUACCUUAUCAAAAAAAAAAAUUCACUUUUUUUUUCUAUCCCAAUUGAACUCUUCCUUUUUUUCUAUUUAUAUUGUACAAUGAUCCCAUCCACCCAAAUUAUUCGAUUCGAUCUCCCUUUUUUUUUAAAUUUAAUCUCUUUUAACGUUUAAACCCACCAAAGUUUCCAAUUUUCUCUACUUUUUAGUUUUUUUCAAGAUUUUAAUUGAAAAUCCAUUCCUCUGGAUAAAUUUGUAAAAUGGGAAUUUUUCUAGAAAAUUUAGGCAAAGAAAUUGGAAA